AUUUGGUCUUCUUAUGCAUAGUGUCUUUGGUCAUUGUUUCACAAAAGACAUAUCUUUUCCAAGAGACAUUAGUUACCCAAAGAUGUGUGGAAAAAAAAGAGAGAGAGAGAGAGAGCACAGCACUAUGAAAGGAGCAUGAUGGAAUGCCUUUGUGCCUCAUUGUUGAAGCAAGGGAACAGCAGGCUCUGCAGGCCCCAGAAGGAAAUUUUAAGCAUGCUCACGAUUCAUGCUGUGGAGCUCAGAACUGAACAUGGACAUUCCUGGUUUAGUCAUGGCUUUUAUAUGUUUCAAACUUUGGCAUUCUGAAGUCAUUUGAGAUCACUAGAGAGAAGGCAUUAGUGAAAUUUAACCCUUACUGAGCAGUUUCCUUAAAUGUUACAAUGAACAAGCACAGACCUGAUGAGACAAGCAAAGAGUUCUAUGUGCAGGUUUGCGGCAGAGUGAUUCCAGCAAUGCAUUCAUCACGCAGUAGUUCGUUGUUCCAGGCAAGUGGUGGAGGUGGUGAUGGGGUGGAUCUUAGUUUAACUGGCUCCCAGCUCAGUGUGUCUCAACGUCCCUGCAGUGCCUCUCCUGCUAAACAUAUGGCUCGUUCGAUCUCCAUGAGUACAGAUAUCAAGUCCAAGAGAAAUACCUUGGGGGAAGCAGGGCCAGUUGACAGCAGGGCAGUUAAUAACCUCAGGAGAUCUAAUAGUACCACGCAGGUCAACCAGACUGUAAAGGCAAACUUCAGUGAAAAAUCGUCUGAAGAUUUCUUGUCAUUUUUUGAAAGUGGCUCUGAUGGGAGAAGAAAGCUAGCCAGUUUGAGUAAGGCCUCUCCUGAGAAGCAAACUACAUGGAAUAUUUUGGAUGACCAUCCAAAACCAUUCCAUUUACCAGGCAGUGUCCACAGUACCAGCUCUGUGGAUUCCUUGACUGGUACAAAGAAGAGAGAAGCUGGAGUGUCUUUGGCUGCAAACUUCACAGCCAACAACAGGAGUAACAAGGGUGCUGUGGGUAAUGCUGUUACUACUAUUCUACAUAACAAUUACUCAACAACAGAAAAAACGCGUACACCUAAGAGUUCCAAUCAGCGGUCACCUUCUUUCAACAAUAUAAUAAAGGCAACUGUAAAUGAAGAAGGUGAGAACAGCUCAUUGAAAAAAUUGCAGAAAAAUUUCUCAAGCAACAAUAAUAUGACAAGGAACAAUGCUUUCUUAAGGAAGAAGGAAGUUUCUGAAGAGGAAGCAGAAAGGUUUAUUCAGCAAGUAAAUAAGGCAGUGGUGAUCAUUCAGCGCUGGUAUAGACGACACUCACAGAGGCGUAAAGCUAGUGAAGCUGCUCUUAAGAGAAUGCUCACAACCAAGAAGCAGGGGCUUGAGCAUCAGCUGGUAAGUGGAAGUGUGAUGGAUUUACAACAGAGAAGAGAUGAAGAAAGAAAGAAAAUUCGAGAAGAAAAAGCUCGCCAGGCUAGGAGGGCAGCUAUUCAAGAGCUACAACAGAGACGGGCUGAGAAGGAGGCAGAAAACAAGCGUGUGGCAGAAGAGGAAGUGGCACGGCUGAAGGAUGCUGGGAAGGUUGGAAAAAAAAGAACAAGCAGACCUUCUUCUGUGAAAAAUGCAAGUCCUGUCACCAGCAAGGUGAAAGCAAACAAUACAGAUACAAACCUAAAUAUGGCUACAGAAACUGAAGAAGCAUCAAGUCUGAGACCUGGAACUCCACAGGGACAAAGCAAGAAACCAGAUGAAGAGCUAGAGUUUGGAAGUAUCAGAGGAACAGAGAAUGAAGAUCCUGAAACUCUGGUUAGCUCAGGGAGAGCCCUGUCGAAAACCACACUGAAUGACCUUCUGGAUACACUAAAACUACUGGAAGAAGAGCCUGAAUCGCUUCCUGAGCCCAAGGUCUACAAAAAGGAUAAAUACGCUUGGAUAGAUGAGGAUAAUGCUCCACCAUCCCUUACUGCUGACAACUUGGAGAGGUUAGGGAAGCAAAAUCAUUCUACUGUAUCUCCAGAAGGGGGUGCUCUUCUCUCAGAAGCCAAGCUGCAGAGUAUCAUGAGUUUCCUGGAUGAAAUGGAGAAGUCUGAGCAAGAGCGACCUAAGUCAUCAUCUUCACUCACACACCGGGAGGGACUGUUGUCUGAGGAAGAGCUGGCCCACCUUGAACAAGCCUCUGCUGUUGCCACGGAGGUUACUACUUCGAUGAUGAAGCUGAAGCUGGAGCUGGAGGAGAAGAAGAGGACCAUUAACAUGCUGAACACUGCAUUGACCCAGCAGCGAGAUCUAACAAUUCGACAUGUCAAGGAGACAGAGAAAGAUCUUAACCAGCAUUUUCGGCUACAGAAGGAACAGUAUGAAGCUACAAUCCAGAGGCAUCUGACCUUCAUUGAUCAGCUUAUUGACGACAAGAAAGUUCUAAGUGAGAAGUGCGAGUCUCUGGUGAAUGAGCUGAAACAGGUGGAUCAGAAUUAUACCAAGAAAAUCACCCAGAUGCAAGAACAGCAUGACAUGGUCUGGCUCGCUCUUGGCCCAUUGUGUGAGGAGAUCAAGAAGCUGAAGGAACUGAUGAGUGCAACUGAGAAGAUUCGCAGAGAAAAGUGGAUUGAUGAGAAAACUAAGAAAAUCAAAGAGAUUACAGUCAAAGGUUUGGAGCCUGAAAUUCAAAAACUCAUCGCCAAACAUAAGCAAGAGGUAAAGAAGCUGAAAGCCCUACAUGAGGCAGAGCUCCUGCAGUCAGAUGAAAGGGCAGCACAGAGGUAUGUACGACAGCUGGAGGAAAUGAGACAGCAAAUGGAGCAGGAAAAAGAAGAGCUAAGUCAAAGGGAACGAGAACUCUCUAGACAAAGGUACGAGAAACAGUUGGAAGAGGAGGAGCAGGCCCUUCAGCAGCAGAGGCGGAGGCUGUACAGUGAGGUAGCAGAGGAAAAGGAGAGAGUCUGUCAGCAAGCAGCAAGGCAGAGGGCUGAGUUGGAUGACCUAAGACGUCAGCUGGAAGACAACAGUUCCCUUGUAACCAAGGCGCUGAAGGAGGAAUAUGAAAAGGCAAAGGAAGAGCAGGAGAGGCGACACCAAGCUGAAAUUUGGGCUUUGAAGGAAAGAUUGGAGAUUGAGAAGCAGGCCUGGGAAGAAAACUACAUGAAGAAGCAGGAGGCAUGGCUAUUGGCACGUGAACGAGAGUUAAAGGAAGAUGUGCGGCGAGGACGGGAUAAAGAAAUUGAGGUAGUUAUCCAGAGGCUGGAGGAGGAAACUUCUACUGCAAAAGAGGAAAGUGAAAGGGCAGCUGAGAACAGGAUCAAGAGGAUUCGGGACAAAUAUGAAGCUGAGCUGCGUGAGCUGGAACGCUCAGAGCGAGGUCUGCAGGAGCGAUACAACGAACUGAAGAGCCGACUCACAGAGGCAGAAGGGGACAACAUUCGGUUGCAGGGCUUAAUACGGCAGAAGGAGCUGGAAGUAAAAGAUAUUAGAGAGAUUAAAGACAGAUUGACAGAAGAGCGGAACAGCUUGUCAGAGGUCAUACGUCAGGAGUUUGCAGAUAGGUUGGUCAUCACAGAAGAAGAAAAUAAGCGGUUAAAACUUGAGGCAUCUGAGAUGAGGGCACGUCAUCGGCUGGAACUGGAGAGAUUAACAAGGGAAAAGGAAGAGGAGUUGGAAGAGGUGCACAAGAGAGUUAAGGUGGCCAUAGUGAAGAAAGAAGAAGCUGUGAACAGUCUUCGAAAACAGCAUGAGGCUGCUCUCAAGAGGGCCGAUCAUUUGGAAACCCUGCUAGAACAGCAACGAAAGCAGAUCCUCGGGAAAUAGCAAAGGUGAUUUACCAUAGCUAUGGAACAUUUCGCAUUUCAGGAUGCACCAUGAAGUAGUGUGCCCUCUAUUAUGACUCAGUAAUUUGCACAUCCCAGUUGUGAAACUGCAGGCAUGAAUAGCCCUCUCUUUUCGUGAAGUUGAGCUUCUGGUUGCUAAAGAAUGGAUUGCAAAUUCUGCACAUCAUUUCCAAAACUGUAAUUUUGCUACAGUGUGCAUCAUCCCAGGAAUGGAAAACAGAAAGCUUGUAGUCCUUCAAGACAUUUUGUUCAGAAAAACGUAAAGUAUGUAAUUAUACACUGGGUAAAUCAAAAAUCCUUUUAGAUUUCUACCCUUUAUUCCUUUGUUAGACAGGUAUUCAAGUAAGUCAUAUAUUUUGCCCACACCUUUACACUAAGUUAUCUUGUUUACAAUGUUGCACUAACUCAGCAGAAUGUAAAUUCAGAGCUCACUGUUAAAUUAUCUUGCAUAACAUCUAAUUAAUUUAUUCUUCCCUUCAUUACUUAAAAAAACAUUGAAAAUUUGGGAUGCAUGUUAGGGACCUCAAGUUUCAGCAGCAGAAUACAAGUGUUACUAAUGCAUUUUAAAAUGUGGAUUGUUACUCUCCCCAUAUUAUAGCUUUAAUCGUUAAUCAUGUGCAUUCCAUUUUCAGCCCAGGCUGUUGUCCAAAUUUUUUGUAAACGUAAAGUGCUUUUACUAUUGAAUUGAAGUGUGUUUUAUAACAGAGUAGUUGUCUUCAACACCCUUUUUAAAACAGACGUUUACAACACGAUUUAAUUUUUAUAUGUGCAGUUUUCAUGUUUGUUAUGGUAUCUAUGCAUUGCUUUCCAGUUUUCCUGUGCAUCAGUCACGCUAAGUUUUCCUUUAUUGUUCUGAUAGUGAGAGAACUUGAAUGUCUUUUUAUAGCCAUGAAAUGUAUAACAGAUUAUCAUAGAAGCAUGGUUUUAUAUCAGAAUGGAGUGUUACUUUUGUAUUUUUGUUUU